UGGAAGGGAGGAAAUACAGCACGUUUGUAUUACUUUUUCCUACUGACCAGUACGCAAAAUCCUGGCCAAAAGAGAGAAAGUCUAAAAAUGGAGAAGGAAUAGGAACAAAUUGAAGCUAAUUCAAGACCCUAAAAGAUGAGGUAGAGCGACAUAAACGGAAAAUAGCUAAAAAAAAGGGUUGGAAAGAAGGUAUAAAAGGAGAGCAACGAAGGCCAAAAGAAAUCAGAAGAAGAACAUCUAUCUUCUUCCACUAAUAAAGUGAGGAAGGAGAUAGAAAAGGAAAGGGGAUUAUUAUACUACUCUUGAAUAAUAAAGAGAGAGGGGAAAUAAAAAAAAGAAGAGAAAAUGGGCCGCGGGGCAGUUUUGGCUUUGAUGCUUUGCCUGUUGGGUGUUGCAGUUCAGGCUGAAGACCCAUACGUGUACUACACGUGGAAAGUAACGUAUGGAAUAAUAUCACCAUUGGGGAUCCCACAACAGGGAAUUCUAAUCAACAACCAAUUCCCAGGCCCUGAAAUCAACUCAACAAGCAACAACAACAUUGUCAUCAACGUCUUUAACUACCUCGACGAGCCCCUUCUCUUCACAUGGCACGGCAUCCAGCUGAGGAAGAAUUCAUGGCAAGAUGGUACCCCUGGAACCAACUGCCCAAUCCUUCCAGGCACCAACUACACCUACAAGUUCCAAGUGAAGGACCAGAUCGGCACAUAUUUCUACUAUCCAUCAACUGCUCUCCACAGGGCAGCUGGCGGUUUCGGUGGUCACAGGAUCUUCAGCCGUCUCUUGAUCCCAGUCCCGUACCCCGAUCCCGAGGACGAGUACUGGGUUCUCAUCGGUGACUGGUACACCAAGAGCCACUCUGUCCUCAGGAAGUUCCUCGACAGCGGCAGGUCCCUCGGCAGGCCCGACGGUGUUCUCAUCAACGGCCAGACCACCAAGGAUGACGGCAGCGACAAGCCCAUGUACACCAUGAAGCCUGGUGCCACCUACAAGCUAAGAAUUUGCAACACUGGUAUCAAGGACUCACUCAACUUCAGGAUCCAGGGUCAUCCAUUGAAGCUUGUUGAGACUGAAGGCUCUCACACCGUCCAGAACAUCUACGACUCCCUCGACGUCCACGUCGGACAAUGCUUCACCGUCCUCGUCACCGCCGAUAAGGAGCCAAAGGACUACUACAUGGUUGCCUCCACAAGGCUCACCAAGUACAAUCUCGUCGGCAAGGCCAUUCUUAGCUACACCAACGGAAAGGGACCUGCUUCCCCUGAGCUUCCACCGGCACCAGUUGGCUGGGCUUGGUCUUUGAACCAGUUCAGGUCAUUCCGCUGGAACUUGACCGCUAGCGCUGCAAGGCCCAACCCACAGGGAUCUUACCACUACGGUGGCAUCAACAUCACCCGCACCAUUAUUUUGUCUAACUCCGUCAUCAGAGGUCAGGGCAAGCUCCGUUAUGCCAUUAACGGUGUUUCCCACGUGGACACCGAAACUCCUCUCAAGCUCGCUGAGUACUACGGCAUCGCCGAUAAGGUCUUCAAGUACGACCUCAUCUCCGACGUGCCUCCGGUCACCGUCAACAACCUCACCCUCGCACCCAAUGUCUUGAGGGCCACUUACCGUACCUUCAUCGAAAUCAUCUUCCAGAACCCCACCAAGACCAUUCAGUCUUACAACUUGGGUGGAUACUCUUUCUUCGCCGUUGCCAUUGAACCCGGGAAGUGGAGCCCAGAGAAGAGGCAGAACUACAACCUUCUUGACGCCGUGAGCAGGCACACCAUUCAAGUGUUCCCAAAAUCAUGGGCAGCAGUGAUGUUGACAUUCGAUAACUGUGGAAUGUGGAAUUUGAGGUCAGAGCAAGCUGAGAACCGUUACUUGGGUCAACAGAUGUACGUGAGCGUUCAAUCUCCUGAGAACUCAACGAGGGAUGAGUACAACCUGCCACUAACACAACUUAUCUGCGGACUUUGCAAGAACAUGCCAAACCCUGGAAACCUCUACCAUUAAAUUCAAGAGACUGUUUAAUUCCCCCCUUUCUGAUUUUAAGCCAUAUGCAUGUGUCACUAUAAACUAUGUAAUAUCUCUUGUAUCAUGCUGUGACUCACUAUUGUAUUAGCCACUUCCUGAUCUUAUCUUCUUGAUUAUCUUAUUCAUGGAUAAUACAA